CUUCUUGGUGAGCUCUUCUAAAAGGCUUAGAGUAAACAGGAUUAGAGAGCCUUAAAAAAUCCCCCUCUCUCCAAGGGCCAUCUGCCUAUCUACCUGAGCCAGGAGCUGUCCUCUCAGCACCAUGGGACACACCUCUCUUCAGCUGCAGCGGAAAGCAGGAAACCAGUAUGUCAUAGUGUCGUCAAAUGAUUUCUGCGUGGGCUUCUGUUAUUUUCCUGCGUCUGGAGACUUCUGAACUAUGCAAACUUGUAAGAAGCUGUUUACCUUGCUGUUACAUGACUUGAAAGGAAGUACAUAUCUACUUGAUCCUUUUCCAAGUCCACGGAUUUAAACACAAUCACGGAUUUAACAUGAACAUCGUAUCUUGGAGAUGUGUUUUCUACUCUGUUGUAUUUAGUUUUGUGGUCAUAUUUUUGGACAUAAGGACAGAUGCAACACUGGAAGGUUCCUCUAUGGGUUACCUAACUCUGCCUUAUAGUCAGGAGACUGUAGUGUUUCCAGGCGUUGUUCGUGUAUCUGAUGUCAAGGUAUCUCAUGAAGGCCAUCCAGUUAUCUCUCGACGGAAACGGAACAUCCUUUUCCCGAGUGGAGUCAAACUCUGUGCACAAGAGACCGCUCAGCAAGUUGUUGCAAACCAUCUGAGCUACUUUCAUCUCAGAGUGUGCCAGGAGACCAUAUGGGAGGCUUUCAAGAUCUUCUGGGACCGCCUCCCAGAGCAAGAAGAGUACCGAAGCUGGAUGAGCCAAUGCCAGGAGGGCACAGUCACGGCACAAGAUAUUGGCAGCUACUUUAGCCGAUCAGAGGAGCAUCAGGCUCUGGUUAAAAAGAGAAUGUCACUGCCAGGUUUGAAAAGUGAGCCCACCAGGUCCUGGCAACAUAUGUGCAGCACUCCAAUGCCAGGGACAUCGGAAGUUGCUGAGGCUCCUGAGCUAGACGACAUAGCUAAAGGAGAGAAGGAAGAGGAGGAAGCAGUCGCCAUCGUCCCAGAGGUGGAGGAGAGUCUACUGGACAAUGACAUUGCUGUGCAGCCUCCCACCCCCGCUGUGCUGGAGCAGGUGGUGGAACUGAGCAUCCUCCUGACCGGAGAGAUGUACAGCGACAACCUGGACGAUCCAGCCAGCCUCCAGUACCAAACACUCAGCAGACAGCUUGCUGAAAAGAUAGAGGAUGCUCUGGAGGGGCUUCCUGGAUUUAAGAGUGUGUCUGUGCUAGACUUCAGGCCCCAGAAGGACACCCAAGGGCUGGAUGGUGUGGUGGUGGACUAUGCUGUCACAGUGGUGGUGGAUGGAGCAGGAGUGAGCACUGAUCAGCUGGACUAUCUGACCCUGCAGUCGAACCGGGUGGAAAACUCGUACCGUGAGGUCAUGGAGCACUCUACGGUAGUCUACACCAUCAGCGAAGUCAAAAACUUUGUCACUGAAGCCCUUCAUAACGACCUGCUGGAGAGUGUGUCUGGGGUCCCUGAGUUUGUCAAUGCUGCAGACGGAGACGCAAUGAAUGCUGCAGAGGAGCCACGAAAGGUCACGAUCCUAGAAGAGGACACCGAAGAUGUCAACAAAGAUGACAUCCCGCCUGAGCCCUCUGAAACCAACACAGUGGUGACAGAAGAAAAUUACGUCAUUGUUCUUGAAGAGAGUACAGUUGUGUCUCCUGCUCCUGUCCUGACCACUAGUGCACCUGAAGUUGGCAGCAUUGAGGAGGAGGGUCUGUUGCUGGAGGACACUGUGCAGACUCCUGCUGUAGAAAACCCCCCACCAGAGGAGCUCCCAGCUGAGCUUCCCUCUCCUGAACUGCCAGAGGGCGUCACACUGCCUGAACCACCAGUGGAGGUCGAGGCCUCUGGUUCAGGCACAGAUGACCUGGAGGACCUGCUCCAGCCACCUACACCCACAACAGAAGAAGAAGAAGAGGUGUAUCUUGAGGAGACUGGUUCAGAAGAUGGGCUGAUAACAGAACAUGUCACCAUACAUGCAGAUGCCAUCUCUGAAGCUGAAACAGAGGAAGUUGAGGUUGGGGCAGUGGGAGAAGAACCUACUACUGCAACUCUGGAAGAGGAUGAUGAUGUUGUGAAUGAGGCAGAGAUCCCAGAGGAGCUUGAGAUCUCCACAAUCGCAACUGAGACCACAGAAGAAGAAGGCCUACAUGCCCUAGUCCCACCUCCUGAGGCUGUUGAUGUAGCAAGUGCAUCACAGCCGGAGGCAGCAGAAACAGGUCUGCUUCCUGUUGGUGAAGACUCGGUGGAGGCCACAGAAGAAGAGUCCAACCUCACAGAUGUUCAAUCUGCAGAUGAAGAAAUUAACCCUGAACAGCCUGCGGAAGAUGCAGACAAUGUGGUGUUGACCUAUGCUGAGGAACCUGUAUUUGAAGAGGGUGGCAUGGAGGAAGCAACAGAGAGCGAGGGACAAGAGGUGAAGGAAGAGACUCCACCUGAAACUCCAGCUAUAGAGGAAGAGGCCCCGGAAGCUCCAGAGAUAUCGACAGAGGAUCUUACAGAGGAUGAAAUUUUACUGGUCUACGAGGAUGAACCGGGGCCACCAGUGACAGAUUUCCUGAGCCCUGUCCAACCGACUGCCCUGUCUCCAGAGAGGGAGUUGCCUUUCACCCGUACCUCUGAUGUUGACCCUGCCUCUGAAGGACAACCUGACAUCAUCAUCCCUUCACUUGAGGAGAUCCAUACCACUAACAAAGGCUUGGAUGAUGCCACCACUGGAGACCAGGGCUAUGACGUGAUUCAUUAUGGUUAUGAUCUGAUUAACCACACAGAGGAGGGCAGCACUGGCUUUCCGUUUGGUGUGGCACACGGCACAGACCAAGUCAGUAUCGCCAUGCCUGUGAACCCUGGACGAGCACUGAUGGUGUUCUUCAGCCUGAGGGUGACCAACAUGAUCUUCUCAGAUGAUCUCUUUAACAAGAGCUCACCAGAAUACAAAGCUUUAGAGCAACGCUUCCUAGAGCUGCUUGUGCCAUACCUGCAGUCCAACCUGACCAACUUUGAGAACCUGGAGAUACUGAACUUCAGGAAUGGAAGCAUUGUGGUCAACAGCCGGAUGAAAUUUGGCAAGCCUGUGCCACAAAGCGUCACCACCACUGUCUAUCUGAUCCUGGAGGACUUCUGUAACACAGCUUACCAGACCAUGAACCUGGCCAUCGAUAAGUACUCACUGGACGUCGAGUCGGGUGACAAGGCUGACCCCUGUAAGUUCCAGGCAUGUAAUGAGUAUGCAGAGUGUAAGGUGAACAAGUGGUCAGGGGAAGCGGAGUGUGUCUGUAAUGCUGGCUACUUCAGCGUGGACAGCCUGCCCUGUCAGAGUAUCUGUGACCUGCAGACUGACUUUUGCCUCAAUGACGGCAAGUGUGACAUCAUCCCCGGCCAGGGGGCCAUCUGCAGGUGUCGUGUCGGGGAGAACUGGUGGUACAGAGGAGAGCACUGUGAGGAGUAUGUAUCUGAGCCGCUGGUGGUCGGCAUAGCGAUCGCCUCUGUAGCUGGAUUCCUUUUAGUGGCCUCCGGAGUCAUCUUCUUCCUCGCCAGGACAUUAAGGGAUCAGUAUGACAAGGAUGAGUCAGAGGACCCCAUACGGCGAGCAGAGAGUCUCCCAUCUCUGGAGAGGGCAACCAAGUACAACCCCAUGUAUGAGAGUGAGGCCACCACAGGCUACAGCCACUACUACCGCCGCUAUCCUGAAGCUCCUGUAUACAGCAGUGCCAGUGGUGAGGCCUCCACUGACUUCAGCAGUGAGGAGAUACGACACAUCUAUGAAAACAGUGAACUGACCAAAGAGGAAAUCCAAGACAGGAUACGCAUUAUUGAGCUCUACGCUAAAGACCGGCAGUUUGCAGAUUUUGUACGGCAGCAUCAAGUUGCCCUGGAUACUCGCAGAGAGAGCUCCACUAUACAGGCAUAAAUCUCUCCUGUGAACAAAAAGAAACCUCUACGUUAGAAAAGUGAAGCUCCCUGUCAAGACUCUCCACUUGCUCACAAUGAUGCUCAGAAUCUGGACUGUUUAAGACAGACUGCCAUUCAGCAUGCUGCUCUUUACUUUACCGCCCAACGACCCCUCUCUGUGUCUGCGUAUGUCCCUGCCUGUGUGAGCAGAAGUGUUGACUGUUCUUCCUCCUUCCUUGGUGCCUUCUCUUGACUGGGUGAGCUGGCUGUGACAUCAAGGGACGUGUUUGCUGCUCAUCUACUGGACGUCUCCCUUUGGGGAAAACUGGACCGCAUCCUAUUACUUGAAAUGUUGUCAGACACAUCACAAUACUGUCUACAGUAGUACUUUUGCUUAGUGUUAUAAUCGGUUUUGUUUAGUCAUGUCAUAUCUGUCCAGCUGUGAAUAUGUAUAUAGCAUUACUGUGAGGAUGUUUGCUAGUUAAGAUAUUAUUCUAAACAGUUUUCUCUACUCUACAAAGCUCAGAUUUACUCUUUAGAUCUUCUCGGAGAGGCACUGAGAGAGCUGCUCUUUUUUAGUCAAUGGUGCUAUCUUAAUUUAAAAUACUCUUUGAAAUGUAGUGGUCUAUGAUGACUUGUUUAUACAAUUUAAAAGCAACAGCAAUGGAUCAACUCUGUAUAUACUACUGUACAUUAAAGGAAUAGUUUAAUAACAUUUUGGGAAAUAUGCAUAUUCCUUAGCUUAGGCACAAAGACUAGAAACAAGGGGAAACUAUCCUGACUCUGUCCAAAGGUAACAAAAUCUGCCCAUGUAAGUAAGUACUUAUUAAACAGAUAUAACUUGUUUAUUAGUGAUCUUGAGAGUUGCUGGUAGGUGGAUUUUGCCAAGCUAGCUGUUUCCCCGUUUCCAGUUUUUGUGCUAAGCUAAGCUAAAUGGCUGCUUGCUGUAGCCUUCCAUUUAAUGUACAUACAUGAAAGUGGUAACAAUCUUCCUAAAUCUCCGCCAGAAAGCAAAUAAGCAUAUUUCCCAAAAUGUCGAACUAUUCCUUUAAGGUGGCCAAAUUUAGUGCUAGUGUAUGUAUUAUUAAUGUUCAUCAAUGAGUUGAACAUCAGGUGAUUUUUCUGUGUUUUUAACGGCUCUAUCCAUCAGAAGCUUUGGUGUAUGUUUAUAAAUGUAUGGCGUUGUAGACAUGAGAAAGUGAAAAAAAAAGUGGUGAUGGGAGAAAGGCAGAGAACAUGAACCCUCUAUAGCUCUGAGAUCCAGAAAUAAGUGAAAACAUGUUUCAGUGGAAAAAUGCUGGCCCAGGGAUUUGAUUAAAUGUUCUGAUUUCAGAUGUCAUGUGUAAUGCAACUGAAAGAACAAGAAUACCAGGAAAAGCAAGCUGAUAAACAACAUGCGCUCUUUAGAAAGACAACCUCAAGCUGCGUCCCCUGCUUAAAAAAACUUCAAGGUUACCAGCAAUUCUUUAAAAAUUAUCCCGCUCCUCAUUCUGAAACCUUCUGACAGACUAAUUCCAGUGUUUUCUUUGGUAUUCUCAUAUGUUUCUCCCAGGACUUGUGCUUGAUCCUUGUUGUCCCUCGAGUGGACCCUCACAGCUGCAGCUGAUUACGAUUUGUAGGUUUUCAUUUGUUGUCGGCCAGUGUGACCGUCAGUUCUCUUAGGAGGUCAGAAUCAGACACGUAGAUCAUGUCCUAGCUUAUUGUUUACAUUACAUGCUUCUUGUCCUUUGCUCUUAUUUUAGAGGUCUACACAAGCGAAAAACACUGGUGAAGCAGACUCUUGUGACAGUGUCAUGCCUUUUGCAAUCUGCAUAUUCAAAUUUUUUUUUAUAUGCAUGCUUUUUUGUGUCUGCAUACAGUUUUUGUCAACGUCCUCCAUCUGCCACCUGGACAAACGGCCAAUCAUCCCAUACAGUGUUCUGUCAUGUAAAUAACACUGAAGAUAUUAUUAACAGUUAUAGGAUGUAAAUCAUGUGUGUCUCUAAUAUGUUUCACUAUAUGAACAUAUUCUUUUUAUACUGAUAACUGUUUCACUAUCAUACCGUGCAGCUGUGUAAAUUACUACAAAAAAAUUGUAACAUGUACAAAAAUAAAAUGUUUUAUAUAAAAUGGA